ACUGCGUCACGGCUGCUUUCGUCCCCAUCAAGCCCUUUGAGGGGAAGGAGCGGGGUGACGGCGUGGCUCUUGAGGUCGAUGAAUUUGUGCCCGAGGUGACCAAGUACUGCUGCCCGUUCACCACCUACAGAAACCGCCUCUACGUCUACCCUUUGCAUCUGAAGUACGACGGGCAGAAGACAUUCGCCAAGGCAAGGAACAUCGCCAUCCGGGUGGAAUUCAAGGACUCUGAUGAAGGAGAUGCCAAAGCCUUAAAGUGCUUCUACGGCAAACCCGGAGGGCCUCUGCUCACCUCGCACGCCUACGCUUGUGUCUUGCACCACAGCCAGAGCCCCGAGUUUUACGAUGAGAUCAAAAUCCAGCUUCCGAUGCAUCUUCAUCAGAAGCACCACUUGCUGUUCACUUUCUAUCACAUCAGCUGCGAAAUCAACACAAAGGGGACAGCGAAGAAACAGGACACCGUGGAGACCACAGGUAGCCAAGCCCUCUCCUUCCCCAGGGUUCUGGGCUUGUCCAACUGCCUGGGGGUUCUUCUCUACAUUGUGUCUAGAUGCCAUGAGGAGAAUCUUGACCACUAUUUGCGAACAUUCAUCAAGUUCUGCUUUCAGCCUGAGAAGCCCAGCGGGCCCCAGGCGAAGAUGACGCAUGAAAUCUUGGCAGGAGCCAUAUCAACAAUCCUCAAGCAGUCCGCGGAUUUCUUGGCCAUCAAUAAGAUGCUGAAGUAUUCAUGGUUUUUCUUUGAAAUUCUGGUGAAGUCCAUGGCUCUUUAUCUUCUGGAUGAGAACAAGAUUAAGCUUCCAAGGCCACAGAGGUUCCCGGAGUCCUACGGUCAUGCACUCCAUUCUUUGCUGCUCUCCAUAAUUCCACAUGUGAACAUUCGCUACAGUGAAAUCCCAGAGGAGUCAAGAAAUGUCAACUUCUCCUUGGCCAACUUGUUGAAGCGAUGUUUGACCUUCAUGGAUCGAGGGUUUAUCUUCAACCUCAUCAACGACUACGUUUCUGGGUUCAGUACCAAAGACCCCAAGCUCUUGGUGGAGUACAAGUUUGAAUUUCUACAGACCAUCUGUAACCACGAGCACUACAUCCCGCUGAAUCUGCCGAUGAAUUUUGCCAAGCCAAAGUUUCAGCGAACACAAGAACCAUCAAGCCAAAAUAGCCCAGCUGUAUUUACCUCUUGUCGGAAUCCUUUUGGAAAACAUCCAGCGGUUAGCCGGGCCGGAUAACCUGUAUUUAUGCACGCCGAUGUCCACCUCUGCCUCCCGCGAUGAGUUCCUGUGCAGCUUCGCCUCCCCUUCCAACAGGUCAAGUCUUGUUGUGGAUAAAGACUCGGUUUAUGGCGCCGGCUUCCAGAACGGGCUUUUUCUGAAGAGGGAAGACUCGCGGGGGUCCCUCGCGUCGGAAGGAACGGCCGGCUCCCCCGAUCAGCCUUCCUCUGGGGAAAACUCAACGCAGAUGCGGAAAAGCUCCACACGCAGCAGCCUCUCCCAUUUUGGGCGGCUGGACCAGUACGAGAUCCGCAGCCUGCUCGUCUGCUACCUUUACAUCGUCAAGAUGCUGUCUGAAGAUACCUUGUUAUCCUACUGGAACAAAAUAUCUCCCCAGGAGCUGAUGAAUGUCUUGGUUCUGCUAGAAGUCUGUCUCUUCCACUUCCGAUAUGUGGGGAAAAGGAACAUUGCCAGGUACUGUGGGAAAUGCUUCCCAGCAGCCUUCUUCAAAGGGAGAGUGACCAUGUGUUCCGCCUUCUGCUACGAGGUCCUGAAGUGUUGCACGUCCAAGCUCAGCUCCACGCGGAGCGAGGCCUCGGCCCUCCUCUACCUCCUCAUGAGGAACAACUUUGAGUUCACCAAGCGGAAGACCUUCUUAAGGACUCACCUCCAGAUCAUUAUUGCAGUGAGCCAGUUGAUAGCUGACGUGGCUCUCAGUGGCAGCUCACGUUUCCAGGAAUCGCUCUCAAUCAUCAAUAAUUUUGCCAACAGCGACCGGCCGGUGAAGGCAACCACAUUCCCUUCCGAAGUCAAGGAUCUGACCAAGAGGAUCCGCACGGUGCUAAUGGCCACUGCCCAGAUGAAAGAACACGAGAAGGACCCUGAGAUGUUGGUUGACCUGCACUUCAGCUUGGCCAAGUCUUAUGCCAGCACUCCGGAGCUGCGGAAGACCUGGCUGGACAGCAUGGCCAAGAUCCACGUCAAAAAUGGGGAUUUCUCAGAGAACCAGCUUUCGAACAACGACGGGCACAACCCACUGAUGAAAAAGGUCUUUGAUGUCCAUCUGGCCUUCCUCAAGAACGGACAGUCGGAGGCGGCCCUGAAGCACGUCUUCGCCUCGCUCAGAGCUUUCAUCAACAAGAGAAUAGCCCGAGGCCAGGAGGAAAUAAAAAUUCUUAUGAUCUUGGCAGUGGUUCUUCAGAAAUUCUUCGACAACCAGAAUUCCCAGUCCGUAGAGUCACUGGCUGAAUGGGGAUACUGGGAGCUACAAUUCCGAUACAUUUUGGGACUCAGGGCGGGCGUCACUGGUUAUGGACCGAAGGAACGAGAGAAACCACUGAAAUCCGUUCUCGCGCCUCCUCCCCCCGAAAUCCUUUCUCAAAACCAGCUGUUUGGAUCAUUGCAGGCUUUCUUUGAAGAAGAAGACGGGAAAGAGUACAUCUACAAGGAGCCCAAGUUAACUGGCCUCUCGGAAAUAUCCUUCCGGCUGCUGAAACUUUACGGAGAGAAAUUUGGAGCCGAGAAUGUCAAAAUCAUCCAGGAUUCCAACAAGUUUGUUGAACAUGUACAAGAGGGCAGGUGGAGAACUCUUCGUUCUCUUCAUCGGCGCUUCUGCGGCUUCCUCCUUUUUCCCCUAGCCUGCCACUCUUUCCCGUAUGUCAAGAAAAGAAUCCCCGUCCGAUGCGAACAGCAAGUCAACCUGAAGCCCAUCGACGUGGCAACGGAUGAAAUCCGGGACAAGACCUCCGAGCUGCAGCAGCUCUGUGCUUCACCAGAUGUGGACAUGAUCCAGCUGCAGUUGAAACUUCAGGGCGCCGUUUCAGUGCAAGUAAGCAGCUGGGCACUGUCAGUAUCUUCCUGGCUGGAAAUGGGGAGGGGAAUUUUUAGCUGACAUGCUCCUUCGGCU